AUGGACGCGCGCCCGCGACGGCGGAGGCCGCGCACGGCGGAGGAGGCGGCGGCGACGCUGCGGAAGGCGUGGUGCCGGCUGCGGCUGUCCGCGCGCGACCCGGCGCGCGUGCCGCCCUGGGACGCCGUCGUGCUCACGGCCGCCAGCCCCCAGCAGGCCGCGCUCUACAACCGCCAGCUCGAGCGCGCCCGCGCUCUCGGCCGCUUCCCGGCCUCCACCGCGGCCAUCGCCGUCCCCGACCCCGACGGCGCCCGCAUCGGCUCCGGCGCCGCCACGCUCCACGCCGUCGCCGCCCUUGCCCGCCACCUCGCCGCCCAGGCUUCCAAGGAAGAGAUCGGCGAAUUCCUUUCGGAAGAAGCAAAUGGUGGUUCGGGGGAUGAGGCCGCGAUCGCCGCGGCAGCGGGCGUCAUGGCGAAGAAGCACGUGCUCUUGCUUCACGCCGGGGGCGACAGCAAGAGGGUUCCGUGGGCGAACCCCAUGGGGAAGGCGUUUCUCCCUCUGCCUUACUUGGCCGGAGACAAUCCCGAUGGACCUGUUCCGCUUCUGUUCGAUCACAUUCUUGCCAUCUCCUCCAGUGCAAGGCAAGCUUUCAACAACCAAGGUGGGAUCUUCAUAAUGACCGGGGAUGUUCUCCCGUGCUUUGAUGCCUCCAACCUACAUCUUCCUGAAGACGCCGCUUGUUUUGUGACGGUGCCCACCACUCUGGAUGUGGCUGCUAAUCAUGGAGUGGUUGUAGCAUCAAAGGACGGUGGGGUUGAUAAGGAGACCUAUUCACUAUGUUUGGUUGAUGAUCUCCUGCAGAAGCCGACAGUGAGCGAGCUUGUAGAGGGCCAUGCCAUCCUAGAUGAUGGGAGAGCACUGCUUGACACAGGAAUAAUAGCAGCAAGGGGUAAAGCGUGGCAGGACCUUGUUACCCUUGCACUUUCAUCUAGCCAUACCGUGAUUAAGGAGCUCAUGACUAGUAACAAAGAGCUCAGCUUAUAUGAGGAUCUUGUGGCGGCAUGGGUACCAGCCAAGCAUGAAUGGUUGCGAAAACGUCCAUUGGGGAAGGAACUGAUUUCUGCUUUAGGAAAACAAAGGAUUUUCAGCUUUUGUUCAUAUGACUUCUCAUUUUUACAUUUUGGCACAUCUGUGGAGGUUCUUGAUCACCUGGCGGGUUCCUAUUCAGGACUUGUAGGUCGAAGGCAUAUGUGCUCACUACCAGAGACCACUGCUUGUGAUAUUGCAGCGACAGCUAUUAUUUUGUCUACCCAGAUUUCUUCUGGGGUCUCAAUAGGAGAGGACUCAUUGGUUUAUGAUUCAGUACUUUGUGGUAGAAUAAGGAUUGGCUCGCAAUGUAUUGUUGUUGCGGUGAAUAUAAGUGAGUUUCAUGGGUACAAUCCUCAGAUACUCAAUGGUAGCACUUGUUUCACAUUGCCUGAUCGACAUUGCCUCUGGGAAGUACCUUUGGUAAGCUCUGCGGGAAGAGUUUUGGUUUACUGUGGUCUUCACGAUAAUCCAAAAGUUUCUAUUAAGAGGGAUGGGACGUUCUGUGGCAAGCCAUGGAUAAAUGUCUUGGAAGAUCUUAGAAUCCAGGAUUCGGAUUUGUGGGAUUCAACUAGCCAGGACAAAUGCUUAUGGACUGCAAAGCUUUUUCCUGUCAUGUCUCUUCCAGAAAUGCUUAAUGUGGGCAUGUGGCUUAUGGGAUCAGCAUGUGACCCAGAUGGGAAAAUAGCUUCCUUGUGGAGAAAAUCACAGAGGAUCAGCUUGGAAGAGCUGCAUCAUGCUAUUGAUUACAGACAACUUUGCACUGAGUCGAGCAAGCAUCAGGCAGAUCUUGCAGCUGACAUAGCCAAGGCUUGUUUGAACUAUGGGUUACUCGGGCGUAAUCUGUUUCAACUUUGUGAGGAAAUGUUACAAAAGGAUACACGUUUAUCAGUCUAUGAAGAAUUACUUUCAUUUUUUCCAAGUCACAGAGAUCAGUAUCCUGGGGUUCUUCCUCAGAGCAGAGAAUAUCAGGUCAAGAUGGAUCUUCUUAGAGCUUCUGGAGAUCUUUCCACUGCAUGUGUGGUGGAAGAGAAAGUGUGGGCUUCCAUAGCAAGCGAAACUGCGUCGGCGAUAAAAUAUGGGUCAAAAGAGCCAUCAAGCAGCAACAUGUCUUCAAACCAUGGAAAUUUGCAUCCCAGGAAGGCUGUUGUAGAAUUACCAGUCCGUGUGGACUUUGUUGGGGGUUGGAGUGAUACUCCUCCGUGGAGCUUGGAGCGUCCAGGUUGUGUUUUAAAUAUGGCAAUAAGCUUGCAAGGAAGCCUUCCAGUUGGCGCUAUGAUAGAGACAACAGAAGACCACCUUGGAGUAAGAAUCGAAGAUGAUGCUGGUAGAAAUGUUUAUAUUGAUAAUCUGGCAUCUAUUUCUUCUCCAUUCAAAGAAAGUGAUCCAUUCCGUCUUGUCAAGUCUGCUCUUAUUGUUACUGGAAUCCUUGGUCACAAGAUAUUGUCAAAAUCUGGCCUGAACAUUAGGACAUGGGCUAAUGUUCCUCGUGGAAGUGGACUGGGAACUUCUAGCAUAUUAGCAGCUGCUGUUGUUAAGGGACUAUUUCAAGUAAUGGAAGACGUCGAAAGCGAUGAUAAUGUUGCUAGAGCUGUGCUAGUGGUGGAGCAAAUAAUGGGGACAGGUGGUGGGUGGCAAGACCAAAUUGGUGGCCUAUAUCCUGGGAUCAAGUGCACCCAGAGUUUUCCAGGACAACCAUUACGGUUGCAAGUUGUUCCUUUGUUGACCACUCCUCAAUUGAUUCAGGAAUUAGAAGAACGUCUCCUGGUUGUAUUCACCGGCCAAGUAAGGCUCGCCCACCAAGUCCUGCAGAAAGUUGUGACUCGGUACCUCCGUCGCGACAACAUCUUGAUAUCCAGCAUCAAGAGGCUUGCCGAAUUAGCCAAAAUCGGGAGAGAAGCCCUGAUGAAUGGUCAAUUGGACGAGCUCGGCGGCAUAUUGCUGGAGGCCUGGAGGCUGCACCAGGAGCUAGACCCUUUCUGCAGCAACAAGCUUGUGGACGAGCUGUUUGCUUUAGCCGACCCUUACUGCUGCGGUUACAAGCUGGUCGGAGCCGGUGGCGGUGGCUUUGCGUUGCUGCUUGCCAAGAACCCGAGCUGCGCCAAAGAACUUAGAAGGGCACUUGAAGAGUCUGCCACCUUGGAUGUGAAGGUGUACGAUUGGAACAUCGCCAUGCCACGGUGA